AAAGUGAAAAUAAUUAUACCGGGUGGGUUGUGCUAGAGUAAAACUUCUCCAAAAAAGGUUACAUUUCUCACCACGCAAUGGGUCGAAAGGAUAAAAACAAAAAAAAGGGCAUGGGGGCCGAGAAGACGUCGAUGAAAACGGACAAAAAAUUAAUUGCCAAGCAGAAGAAACUGUUGGCAAAGUUGGGUGAAGAAGAUAUUGAAAACAUCGUCGCAAAGUACGAAACGAAAGACACGAAAUCAUCCGAACUCACCGAAAUCCUGUGCGCUCCACCAACGGCCCGCGUUAACGUUGCCAUCUGUGCGCAUCCCGGAGACCGGGAGGAAAUCUUCCUGCACGGCGGAGAAUUCUUCAACGGCCAACAGACAACCAUCUACGGCGAUUUCUAUUCGUACCACACGGCCAAGAACGAAUGGAAGUCACUUAAAUCGUCUAUCGGUCCCGCACCCCGCAGUGGCCACCAGAUGGUGUCGGUCGCCACGGACGGAGGCCAACUGUGGCUGUUCGGAGGCGAGUAUGCAUCGCCGUCGCAGCUUCAGUUCUACCACUACCGUGACCUCUGGGUGUACCGGAUGGCGAAGAAGCAGUGGGAAAAGCUGAACGCCCCGAACGGACCGAGUGCGCGCAGUGGCCACCGGAUGGUGGUGACGCGCAAAAAGCUGUUCGUGUUCGGAGGUUUCCACGAUAACAACGCCUCGUACCGGUACUUUAACGAUCUGUACGCGUUCUCGCUGGAAAACUACACCUGGACAAAGAUUGAACCGGCCGGCACGGCACCGCCGGCCCGAUCCGGUUGCUGCAUGGUGGCCAACACCGAUGGGAAAAUCCUCAUCUGGGGCGGGUACUCGAAGUCGACGGUCAAGAAGGAAAUCGAUCGGGGCACGACGCACACCGACAUGUACACGCUCACGGCGGACAAGAACGAUGCCAAGGGUCAAGGUUUCCGGUGGGCCAGUGUGAAACCGAGUGGCAAAAAACCUGCCCCACGCAGCGGAAUGGCGGUAGCGAUGGCACCGAACGGGAAGGCGUACGCUCUCGGUGGGGUGAUGGACACGGAAGAGGAUGAGGACGACGUGAAGGGACUGUUCAGUAAUGAUCUGCACGUGCUCGACACCGGUUCCAAUGCCUGGCGCAAACUAGAACUGGCGACGAAGGCCAAGAAGAGCGCCCCAUCCAAAACGCCGGACGUAGAGAUGGAAGGAGGUGAUAAGCCGGAAACAGCCGCGAAGAUUGUGUCCGAUGAUGGCGUGUUUACGAUGACUGUUGGUGGAGGUGGAGCUGGAUCUGCCAAGGGUUCAAGCAAAUCGAACGACAACGAACCACUUGAUCUGGGUGGUCCAUCCCCACGCAUGAAUUCGGCAAUUGUCGUUUGCAAAGGGCAUCUCUUCGUCUACGGUGGACUGUUCGAAUCCGGUUCCCGGCAGUAUACUCUAAGCGAUCUGUACUCACUCGAUCUUCACAAGUUGGAUGUAUGGAAAACGUUGAUUGCAAACAGCCUAGACUCCAGCGAAUGGCUCGGAUCGGACAGUGAGGGAGACUCUUCGGAUGAUGAUGACGAUGAUGAUGACGAUGACGACGACGACGAUGAUGACGACGAUAGCUCAGACGAAGAUAGCGAUGAAGAUUCGUCGGAAAUGGAAACAGAGUAAAGUUGCAGAAAUCCUUAAUCAACCAAUAAAAACCCAUUGUAUUGAAAU